GAUGAGGAUCUCAGGGUGCCGGAGCCCUGGAUAGUUUCGGGCACACCAAAUAGACUCACCUAAUAGCCUAAUACUGGCUACUGGUAACUGGUAUGGUAUCUUCUCUCCGUGUUUCGAGUUCUACACCACUGUGGAGAACGGUCUGGGCCUUGGACCGGACUGUGGAGAACGGUCUGGGUCUUAGAGCCUAUAGGGAUUUUUUGCUACUCUUCGUUGUUUAUUGAAAGGCAUUAACAGGUAAGAAGACCCAACAGCUUCCUUAGCCUAUUGUGUCUGCUUUUUCAACACUGUUCAUCGUAUGAAUAGAAGCUGACUCGCAUCAUCUAGUCGUUUUCAAGAAGGUUAUCUCUCUCCGGAGUUGAAAAACAUUUUGGGGAGAAGAGUAUUCAUCAGGGACAAGGCUGUUCUUAAUUUCUAGUUCUCCACGAUGAUGGCAUCCCUCUUAGUAAAGAAUAUGAUCCCAACUCCCUGGUUUCAAUGUUUCAACGUUUCAAGCAGGAAAUUCAGCUCCCAGCUCUUCGUCAGCAGAUUGUCAUCAUACACUACGGAUAAAGAAUUGAAGAAGUUAUUUUCAUCCUUUGGUAUUGUGAAAGAAGCAAGACUGGUAAAGGACCCUAGAACUCAAAGGCCUAAAGGGUUUGGUUUUGUGACAUAUGAAUCUGAAAAUGAAGCACAGAAGGCAUUGAAGGCUAUGAAUGGCAGGAUGGUAGAUGGCAGAUUGAUAUUCGUGGAGGUUGCAAAGACUUCAACACAUAAAGAGAAGAAGGCUACCUCCUAAUGGUGACUCAUAUCUCAUUUUGUUAAGUUGUGGUGGUAAAGCCACUUUGUCUCCAAGAUAUGCUUCCCUCCAUUCGGCUCUUUUGGUGGUUCAUAACAGAUUUCUGGUCUCCAUGCAUGCGUUGGUUUUAUUUCGUGGUCCCAAUUCCCAAACAGUAGCAUAUGUGGUUGGUUAAUACUAACAAUUCAAAUUUGACAAUACAAGAAAGUAUGCCUUUUUUUUUGUCUUAGAUAUAGCCAUACAGGUAAUUUUAAUUAGUAUCCCAUUAUCCCGUGCCUAGCUGAGAGAGGUGUUUUAGUUUCAAGUUUGUUGUUCUUUAUGGGAAUGUAUGCGUGCCUAUUCACUGAUUGAUCAAUGAUCAUAAACUGUUUUUAAUUUUU